AUGAGUGUCGGAGUGAGCUCGAUGGAGGAGGCCCCUAGCGCUCAGAAAGACGCUCAGGCUAAUCCUGGAUCCCAAUCCAUGAAUCAGUCGCUCCCGGUACAAGCGGCGCUUUCGGAUUCCGCCAAAACCAUCAAUCAGAUCCAGGUGUUGAAUUCAGAGAACCGUGACGCGGGAAAAGCCGACGAGAACGAAGAUGACAAAGCUGAUCGGAACGAGGACCCGAUUGAGCGUUAUCUGCCCCAAAUGCUCAAUAACGAGUCGCAAUCAUUCGAUGACGUACGCAAAGUAUUGGAACAUAUCGUCGUGUGCAAGAUGUCGGAAGCGGCCGCCGAGAACCGAUACGCUGCCGGUCAGUGCAGUCUGAAGCCUCUGGACCCUCUCGGAAACGCCAUCGUCAGCUCUCAUGCUCUCGCCGCAUACGUAUCGACGCUGGACAUUUCAACCCUGCGGAAGUUGACCGCUCGCAUCGUCGCGGACACCGGCUUUUGGCUGGCCAGGACCUUCAGGUUCUUCGACAGCGGCAUUUUCUGUCACGAUGAAUCUCGCGAAGGGCUCGUGCGGACGCUUCGCAUGCUCCUGCAUUUGAAAUACGAGAAAUACGCCGUGGAGGCGUAUCAGGCGUUGUACUCCAAGCCGCCGUGCAUCUACGUCAGUCAAGCCAUGGAACAAGAAACACCAUCUGGAAGACCUUCAAUCGGGCACGCACUGUGUUCUGCAUUAGGUCUACCGAGAGCGUGUCUUCGAAUCAUUCCCACCCAUAACAACAGUGGCUCUUAUCAGAAGAUGAACGUGUCCCUUUUAGAGAAGCAAGUAGAACAAGAUCUGAACAAAGGUUGCGUCCCUCUCAUCGUGCUCGCCUCUGCCGGGUCCGCGCAGUGUGGUCAAUGCGACAAUAUAGACAAGAUUACGGAAAUAUGUAAAGAGAAAAAUAUCUGGCUCCAUCUCGAAGGUCACUCCCUCGCAUCGCUGGUUCUCGGAUCCGGCUUGAACGCGUCCGCGCGAUGUGGAGACUCGAUGACUCUGCCGAUCGGCAAUUGGAUUGGCGUCCCGUCCCUGUCCUACGUCACGCUGUACAGACCGAUAAAUCCGACUCUUGCCCAUACGUCUGGUUUGACAUUGUUCAAUAUCCACUCGAAACUACACUGUUUGCCUCUGUGGACCUUGCUACAAACUCUCGGCCAGAAGGGAUUAUCGGAUCGCAUCAUGCAGUGCUUCAAAAUGACGGAGCUACUCUUCGAGAGUUUGCAGUCUCUCGGACCGUGCAUGGAGGUGAUCGGCUGUUCCAAAGUAGCCGGUGUCGAAGGAGGCGUCGUUGCAUUGGCUGAUCACGUCGCGGGAGCUGCGACGCCCGCAGCUCUUUUCGAAACAUUGCACUCGGUUGUGACCUUCAGAUUCCGACAAAUUUCCGCUGAGCCGGGUGAGCGUGAUUUCGAUUUUCCGAAAGCCAACAACUGCAAGGCGGCCUCUCUUCGGUUGAGUGAGAGCUACAUCAAUAACUUGAAUCUCUGGCUGGGCCAGAUGAUUCACCGAGAGAUGCCGACGGUGUCGCUCGAAUUGACCGAGGUCGAAGGACACGGAAUCUGUGUCAAAUUCAGUCCCCUGGAAAGCGCUCAAGUGCAAGGGACCACCAUGUGCGACAUGGAGAACUUCUGCAAGACGCUGGAAGAGCAUGUGGCGAUUCUCGCCGCGACUGUGAUCCAAAAACAAAAGCUCCACCAAAUGCUCGAUGGAACUCACGAAGUGUUCGGACGCAACAUCCGUUUAGUCGAAAUAAACAAUUGGGCCGGGCUCGGCGGAGUGCGGUACAUCCCUGAAAGCUGGGUCGAUCAGCUGGGUCAGCUGACCAUCAGCGGCAAAGACUACAUCAACCAAAUAAAUUCCCAACUCGUCGCGAAGCUGCGUAGCUCCGAUUCCGCCUUCUCCCUGGGCGAGGGUACUGACGGUUUGCUAUGCGUUCGGUUCGGGAUGGUCUCGGAAGAUCUCCUGGUCGAGGAAUUGGUGCACAUGGUUCUCGCCGCCGGCCGGGAGAUCGAAGACAGCUCGAAGGAGCUCGAAGAGAUGUCGGAGCUGGUUCGGCAAGCGGUAGAGCAAGCGAAUGCUGCCCUGGAGAAGGAAAACGAGGAGAGGAUCUACCAGGAAGGGCUUUUGAAGCACGUUCCUAUCGUCGGGAGCCUCUUGACGUGGUGGUCUCCUCCGAGCGACGACGGCGCGGGAAUUAAGGGCCGAUGUUUUAAUCUAUCCUCUGGUAUGGUCGAAACAACCGAGAAUACGUACAAGUAUCAUAUGCAAAUGAAGAGUGAGGCGCCAGCACCGAAUACCCCGCCACCGUCGCAACAGAUUCAAAUACAGAACAAGCCGCAUUCCAGAACGAGCUCGCAGGGAUCUCAACGUUCGCAAACGUCUUCCCACUGAUGGUCGUGGAUAGACGAGGACUUGAAGAGAUCUGGCAGCGCGUAAACAUCGAGUGACCCCCGGCCGCACCUUGGCAUUCCUGGUGUCAUCACCACGGUUUGUCGCUUCUUUCGGCGGAUUCGCUCUCGCCCCGAUCGAGAGAGCUCGGAAGCGCUGCAGCGAUGUAUUUGGCUCGGCGAUGCACUGUACAUUAUGACGACAAGUUGAGGCUCUUGAGAGCGAUCGAUCACUGCUGUCGAGCCGGGACUGGGAUUUCAGUCCCUACGCUUUCAAAGUUGGACGUUCCCGGAUCGUCAUCUUACCCGGUCACAGUAACCAAAGAAGGAGCGCGAAUUUAUCGAUAGAGGUCGAUAGGUUCGAAGUCGAGGCUGAAUUUCAAUCAUGACCUGAUAAUAUAUUUGCAUAUAUUCAAUGGUUCGUAUCUAUCGAGGCAAUAAAAUCCUGAU